AAGUGAGAGUGGCAACCGAUACAGUCACUGAUAACACCCACACUUUUUUUUUUUUAAAUAAGGAUCCGCAUUUUCCGCUCCCCCAUCCACCAUAAUCUCAGUAGUUCACUUUCACCAUUACAAUUCUCCAUGUCCUCUUAUUUUGUUCUAGCUACUAUAAUCUACUUUAUUACAUAACAACAAUAAUAAUAAUAAUAUUAUCAUUAAUUUGUGUCAAUUUCGCUAAAAAUUCAAAUAUGGGAAAACAAUGGCUGCUUUACAAGGUGCUGGCUGGUGAUGGCACCGCCGGUGGUUGUAAUAAUAAUGGCACCACUACUAGUAACACAAAAUCCGGCGGAAAAUCAAGAAAAAGACGUGGUGGAGAUAGACAUGUUUCAUCAUCUUCAUCUUCAAGUGGUUGCAUGAGUGCCAUUUUUCAUCUUUUUGAUAUUCAAAAUCAUCAUUUUCCCUUUCAUCAACCUCCUUUUAUCUCUGAAUCCACCAUUAGUACUAUCCAUCAACAACCCAACAAUAUUAUCCUCAAAGGUGUAGAAGCACCAAGAAACAGCUUGGAAUUAAAGGAACAAGAAAAAACACCAAGAGUAAUUGUUGAAAAAGAAGAAGAAGAAGUUACUUCAUCUUCAUGUUCAUCAUCAACAAGAAAGCUUAAACAAGAAACAAACUUUGAUAUUCCGAUGAUGCGUGACAUUGAUCAAAUCAAAACAAAGAGGUCAAGAUUAAUGGAUAUGAAUAAUAAUGAUGCAUCAUCAGAAUGUAGUAGUAGCUCACCUGCAGGUACAAAAACACCUAGUCUUGUAGCUAGAUUAAUGGGGCUUGAUUUACUUCCUGAAAAUGCUUCAUCUCCUAGACCUUCUUUAUCAUCACCAAGGCCUUCCUCCUCCUCUUCUCAUCAUCCCACCACACCAUUAAAUCCUCUACUUUCUAAAUUAUCGUCUAUUAAAAAUAAUUAUAAUACCCGGUCGUUGCCCGUGACACCACGGGCAUCGACCACGGGCAGACCGUCCACAGAAGUGGUGGACUAUGACCACCACCACCGUCUUUCGCUUCAAGGUAACAAAGAGAAUAAGAGGAGAUAUGAUCAUGAGAGUACUACUACAAGUGAGUACGCUAAGCAGAUUGCGAAGCAAGUGAGGGAAAAUAUUAGUCGGAGAGUUGGCGCGGAUAUCACAAACACGUCGAAAAAUAAAAAAGAACAUCGACGAGAUGAGUUUCUCGUGGUGCUUAAGCCAAAGAGACCGUCACCGCUGUCUUCUGCCAACCCAUUCAUCCAAAAAAUAUCAAGAAAUCUUGAUCAAGGGCACUGUUGUGGAAAAGAGAAUGAAGCAAUACCAUCUUCUAGCUCACCGAGGCUCAAGUUAUUGGAGAUCAAAAAGAACAAUGUCAACAAGUCCAUUUCAAACAUGCCAAAAAGUUCACCAUUAUCAUCAUCAUUAUCCACAGAAGCUAUUAAAGCUCCAUCAUCAUUACUACCAUCACCCACGUCAAGGUCACCACCACCAACAAUGAUGAUGAAAGAGGAAGUACAACAAGUGAUAAAGCAUCAUGAGAAUAUUAACCCAAUGAAAGGAGUAGUUCAAAAUAAGUGCAAGAAACUCAUAGCAAGUGAAAAAUAUGAUUUGAGAUUGAAAAAAUUGCACCAUCAAAAUGAGGAGCCAGCAAAGAAAUGUAUCAUCAAGAAAUGCAACAACAACUUGAAGAAGUCAACUCCAUUAUCAAAUCAACUUGUGAAUAAUGUCAACACUACAACAAAGUUUAUUUCUUUCAAGAAAGACAUAAUAGUAUCUCCUUCCUCAACAACAACAUCACCUCAAAAACAAGUGACAUAUGAAAGCAUCACACAGUUACCUAGUUGUCAGAGCCGGUCAUACAAAAAUACCAAAAAGGCCAAUCUUUCCGUCCAACAUGACAUCACCACAACUAACGGUAACGGCGCCACCGGAGCAUCAUUUUCCGGCCACUUUGAUUACAUUUCAAAAAUCCUAAGUCACACCGGUAUCGAAAAAACCACACCCAUAUCCAUCACACAUUGGUACUCCCCAUCACACCCUCUCCAUCCAUCAAUCUUGGAAAAUCUGAACCACCCCAAAACCGUCACAAAUCGACUUAUAUUCGACGUUGUAGACGAGCUACUAGUCGAAAUACUGAAGCCGUACAUAAGUUUAAAACCAUGGGUAUCAUCAGCAACACGUCAUCAAACAAGGUCACGUGGUCGAAUGUUUGGAACACAACUUGUAGAAACAUUAUGUGACAAAAUAAGUUGUUUCCCGGAAGCAAAUUGCCAAGUGUUGGAAGAUAUUGAUGGAUUGAUAGAAUGUGAUAUGAAAAGCAACACGAAAGUCAUCGGAGAAAUUGCAUUUGAAGAAGAGGCGGAGGAGCUAGUGGCGGAGCUAGAACGUGACAUGGUUGACACGUUAGUUGGUGAAAUGGCAGCUGCAUGGAUAACACAUGCCACGUUGGAUAGCAAUUUCUGACUAUGGUCACAUGGCUGGUUCACGUGAUCAGAUGCCAUUCGUUAAGGGGUGCACGUGAGAGAGGUUACAAAAAGGAAAAAGAUAUUAAUAUAAUGUUAUUAUUUGGCAGAGAUCGGCUCAAAAGGAACGGAACAUAAACUCAUGGUGUGUUAGAUUUGGCUCAAAAAGAAGGAACACAUGUUACAGAAGACAAGAGUCAUAUUUAAGCUUCACUAAUUAAUUAUUUGUAAACAUCUAGCUUGUGAUCAAUAUAAUAUUGCUAGCUAGUAGUAUUAACUAACUUGCUUGAUCUUUGUUAACAAGAUUCUGUAAUUUUAUUUAUUAUUAUCAUUUAACAAGAUUCUGUUAAUUGUGUAGUAUUUUUUUUUUAUAAAAAAAACCAUGUGUGUAUGUUGUUUUUUCA